UUACCAUGGACACUCGCGGGGGGAGGGGUGGGGUUUAGAGGAAGCGGAAAAGUCAGAGCAGGCGGAAGUGGUACUGCCCUGAAUACCCUGAGCUGCGAGCGGAGGACGGCUUGAGAAACUCCCAUCGUUGAACGAAUAAAAUCAGGAUCCCUAAUUCGAUUUAAAUCCUAAAAGAUGGAUAAGAACGACCUGGUGCAGAAAGCCAAGCUGGCGGAGCAGGCCGAGCGCUACGACGACAUGGCGGCUGCCAUGAAGGCUGUGACGGAGCAGCACCCAGAACUUAGCAACGAGGAACGCAACCUGCUCUCUGUGGCCUAUAAGAACGUGGUGGGGGCUCGCCGUUCAUCCUGGCGUGUCACCUCCAGCAUCGAGCAGAAGACCGAGGGGAAUGAGAAGAAACAGCAGAUGGCCCGUGAUUACCGCGAGAAGAUCGAGGGCGAGCUCCGAGAAAUCUGCGACGAUGUGCUGCACCUGCUCGACAAUUACCUCAUUCCCAAAGCAUCUCCGGCAGAGAGCAAGGUGUUCUACCUCAAAAUGAAAGGAGACUACUUCAGAUACCUGUCAGAGGUGGCUUCUGGGAACACGAAGCAGGAGACGGUUCAGAGCUCUCAGAAUGCCUACCAGGAGGCCUUCGACAUCAGCAAGAAGGAAAUGCAGCCAACACACCCCAUCCGACUGGGACUGGCCCUCAACUUCUCCGUCUUCUAUUAUGAAAUCCUCAACUCGCCCGAGCAGGCCUGCUCACUGGCCAAGCAGGCUUUUGACGAGGCGAUCGCUGAGCUCGACACCUUAAACGAGGACUCGUACAAAGACAGCACGCUGAUCAUGCAGCUACUAAGGGACAACCUUACUCUGUGGACAUCAGAAAACCAGGGCGACGAGACUGAACCCGGCGACGGAGAGAACUAGAGCGCACUUCACUGUUAACCCAUCCCUACUCUCUUCCUCCUUUCCCUUCUAUCUCCUCUUACGUACACAUAAACGGCCCGUUGAUUCCAUCGUCCCUCUCUUUCGCGCCCGGCCUCCUGACUUCCCUUCUGUAUAACCAACAGCAUGAAUAGAACCCACCUUUCACAGACAAAUAUUCAUGAAAAAACGGGGGAUGGGUCCAGAAAAACCACUCCAUCACCCUAAACUCAAUCCUCCUUUUCUUCUUACCCACCCUCCCUCCAAUCAUGGCACUCCAAUGCAGGUCAGCAGACCACAACCCUCUGACCAGUUUAGUCUUAUAGCACGCAGGGAGGGUUUUUAUCCCAAAUUAUGGAAUAAAUUAACCUCAAAUCCACCUUCUCUCAUCUUUACUCUCCUUGUUUAAUCCUAUAAUUCUGUUUCCUCCCUUCUUCCUAACAUCUCAAUACAUUCUCUCACCCUCCUUCCCCCUACUUCUCUAGUGAGUGAAAGCAUUUAUAUAGUUGUCCAUUCCUUCUUAUUUUGGCUUUCCAUAGUGUACUGGCAAACUGGCUGGUUUUAUUCCACUUUAAACAAAACAAAGGUUAUUAAACUGUCUGUUUAUUUUCAACAAACGCUGUGAUGCUUAGUUUUUCCUCCACCAAGUCUCCAACAUGAUGAUGAUGAUGAUGAUGAUGAACGAUGUGGGAGGGGCGUAGUGUGAGCAGCAGUGUCGUCCUGCUGAGGUUUAUACAGAAGGGUCCUCCAGGGCUGUAUUGUGACCCUGACGACCUCUAAAACGGGUUUCCACCUGCUGCCGAGCCACGCUCGCAGCUUCUGUUAGCUCCAACAGGGACCCAAUCAUGAGACCAGUUGAAACAUUUCCUAUGUAGGAAAAGAAAUUGGGCAGAAAAUCGGCAAAGAUGCAACAUUCCAUCUUUACGUUUGAGAUAUUUAAUGCAACCAAACAGGACACGCCCCUUUCCCCUGAAACCCCGCCCUGUCAGGCGCCACCAACCAUCAGAACUACUGCCCCUGAAGUUAUUCCUUAACCACGCACUUGGUUUGGUUUGGUUUGUUUUUCAGGAUGUGUAUUUGAAUGACAAAUCAACUUGCUUUUUUCUUUUUUUUUUUUUUUUUUUUUUUUGUCAAACUGUAAAACAUUUUGAGCUCAACUGUAAAUUUUUUGUUUAGGAGAGCUGAUAUGGUUUGUGGAUGUUAACACCUGCUUGCAGAUAAAACUUCAAAGCUGUUAAAGUCGGCUGCUGUUUAAUGGAUUGGUGUUUUUGCUGGGUUUUUUCCCCUAGUUGCCUUCCGUGUUGGUUUUCGUUAUGUCCCUUGCUGCUUUUACCGACAAGUUAAGUCAAGUCUGUCAUUUCCACUCCUAGCUGAGUGGCGCAGGAAUGCAUUUGGAAGUGGAUCGCCCUGUGGAAUGACACUGCAGCUUCUUGCGGGAUGGGAUUGUUCUGUUUCAGCCAAUCGGGCAGUUGGUGAAAUUCUUAAUUUGGUUAUAAGAGAAAAGAGGGAAAAAACUGUAAAUUACAGGUUAAGAGCCAAAUCGUAGCUGAUCAGCCAGUCGAGGAAGAAAGAUCCGUUUUAAGACAAAUUCUGUUGAUUAAAUUAAACUUUUUCUAGCUCUCAUUUUUUAGAUAUUUACUUUUUGUUACAAUCAGAAAACUGCCACCUUGUGGUUUAUUUUUUAAACAUCAAGAUUUACCAAAAAAGGCUUUAAAUAAACUUCUCCUUGCCCCAAAUAUUAGCCGAUGUUGGUUAAAUAGAACACGUUCCCCUUCAGUGUCACAAUAACCUCGUCUAAGCACCAUGACAUUCCACUCUGUAGAGGUAGAAAAGCCAUGUCUCUUUUUUUUUCUCUUUACCUGGUUACAAAUAUUUUCAUGCACUGACAUUUUAAAAGGUAUAAAAGAAAAAAAUCUCCCUGUUGCUCUUUUACUCUAGCUGAACAAAAAGGCCGUUAUUCUGCGCUUUCUAAGGAGAACUGAUCCAUGCAGUAGUGAAUGUGGCACCGAGCCUGUCUGUAUAUCUGGUAUCUGAUAUAAUUUUGUUUUUACUGACCAGUAUUCUGCUUAAAAUAAAAAAAAAUCAAUCCAAAAAUAACAAAAAAAAGUCUGCUUUUGUGACGGUUUUAUUGCUUAGCGCGCACGUGGUUGUGAAACUUUAGAGUUAGCUUAAGGACACCAAUAAAAGUCAGAAAAUGGUUAAAUAAUUUAAAAAGUCGCUCUUUGAAUAUCCCUUCUUUACCCUGGUUAUUGACGUAAUGAUAGAUUUGUGUCUGUCUUUUAAAAAAAUCCAACUAGUUUCACCUGACGAUGUUAACAGGACAAAAUGUAAAAGACAAUUUAAAGUGAAAUAAAGGUUUUAUCAGUUCCAAAUCA